AUGUCUUUCGUGUUUUGUUGUUGCAGGGGCGAAGACCUGGCCCCAGGACAUAUUCAAUUAAAAGAUUUGCCUCAAGUGCAGCUUGACGCAAGCUUUACUGGUAAUGAUGUUGUGAUCAUCAAGAAUGGACAAAGAAUAUGUGGGAGUGGGGCCGCCCUGGCCAAUGCUCCAAUUGUACAAGAUAAAGCAUACUUUGAGGUAAAGGUCCAGUGCACAGGGUCCUGGGGUGUGGGUCUUGCAGCCAGAAGGUGUAACCUCAAUAGGAUUCCUCUAGGCAAUGAUGCAGACAGUUGGGUUUUACGGCAGGAUGGAUGCAUAUUUCAUAAUGGAGAAGAAAAGGGGAAAUUACCAGAAAUACCACAAGAAGGAGAUAUCUUGGGUCUUGCAUAUGAUCAUGUGGAACUGAAUUUCUUCUUGAAUGGAAGUCCUACAAACUCUCCCCUGAGUGGAGUUAAGGGCACAGUUUAUCCUGCCUUUUAUGUUGAUGAUGGUGCCAUCCUGGAUGUUCAGUUUGAGAAAUUCUACCAUACACCUCCUUCGGGCUUUGACUCCAUCAUGAUUGAAAAAUCAUUGUUAUGA